AUGACUCUAUUCAACAACAACGUACCUGGUGUCUCUGUCUUGGGCACUGUUUCUACCAAGGAAGAAGCCGCCAUCCUAUCACCCGAAGCUCUGCAGUUCGUGGCAACAUUGCACCGUCAGUUCAACCAAACUCGCAAGUCCUUGCUGGUCAAGCGUGCUGAGCGUCAGUUGGCUAUUGAUCAAGGCGAGCUGCCCGACUUUUUAUCGGAAACCGCUUCCAUCCGUCAAGAUCCCAACUGGAAGGGUGCCUCUCUUGCUCCCGGUCUUGAAGAUCGCCGUGUGGAAAUUACUGGUCCAGUCGACCGCAAGAUGGUGAUCAACGCCCUCAAUUCGGGUGCUUCCACGUUCAUGGCAGACUUUGAAGAUUCCAGCUCUCCCACUUGGGAAAACUGUCUCUCUGGUCAAGUUAACAUGUACGAUGCUAUCCGUCGCACAAUUACAUUCACUAACCCUGAUGGUAAAAAGUACGAGCUGCGCAAGGAUAGUCAAAUUGCCACUCUUCUCGUAAGACCAAGAGGAUGGCAUAUGGUUGAAAAGCACGUAAUCAUCGAUGGUGAGCCUGCUUCUGCCUCGAUUUUUGACUUUGGCAUCUACUUCUUCCACAACGCAAAGGAACUUAUUCAACUUGGGGCUGGUCCUUAUUACUAUUUGCCAAAGAUGGAAUCACAUUUGGAAGCUAGGCAAGGCUUGGUUACAACUAUUGUUUACCCUUUUUCCUUUAUACUGUGGAAUGAUAUCUUCAAUGCCGCACAAGAUGCUCUUUCUGUACCACGCGGCACCAUUCGCGGAACCGUUCUAAUUGAAACCAUCCUUGCUGCCUUUGAGAUGGAAGAAAUCAUUUAUGAGCUGCGACAGCACUCUGCAGGACUGAACUGCGGACGCUGGGAUUACAUUUUUAGCUUCAUUAAACGAUUCCGUGAGCAUCCUGAGUUCGUGCUGCCCGACCGCUCGCAGGUUACCAUGACCGUGCCCUUCAUGGAUGCCUAUGUCCGUCUUUUGAUCAAGACAUGCCACAAGCGUGGUGUCCAUGCCAUGGGUGGUAUGGCUGCGCAGAUCCCUAUCAAGAACAAUCCACGAGCUAACGAAGCUGCCAUGGCCAAGGUCACCGCCGAUAAGUUCCGUGAAGUGAAGGCUGGCCACGAUGGCACUUGGGUGUGCCAUCCAGCUUUGCUUAAGAUUGCCAUGGACGUCUUCAACGAACACAUGCCCAAAGCAAACCAGCUUGAAGUGACCCGUGAUGACGUUCAAGUCACUGCUGCCGACUUGUUGCAUAUUCCAUCUGGUACGAUUACUGAAGAAGGCAUUCGUGACAACCUUCGCGUUGGACUUCAAUAUAUGGAAGCUUGGAUUCGAGGUGUUGGAUGUGUUCCUUUGAACCACAUGAUGGAGGAUGCCGCGACAGCCGAAAUCUCUCGCUCACAGUUGUGGCAGUGGGCACGACACAAGGCAAAGACCGUCGAGGGCAUUGUCAUCACCCCAGAGCUCAACUUGAAACUGUUGGAUGAAGUAUGCGCACAAAUCAAAGAGGAAAUGGGUGGAGACAAAUACGCUGCAAGCAAGUUUGAGAUCGCAAAGAAGGCUUUUGCCACCAAUGUAACUGGUGAACAUUACGACGAGUUUUUAACAACCUUGCUCUACGAUGAUAUCGUCACUAUCGCUUAG